GUGCCGUUUAUCCUUCCGCCGGGAUAGGAAGCUCUUGAACGCCCCGGAGCGUACGCGCGUGUUCGCCCACCCUUAGUUCUCUUCUCCUCGCGUCUUUUUCCAGACACACUCGCCCUCGCGCCCUCUCUCUCACUCUCUCUCUCUCUCUACUACUCUCUCUCACUCUAUGUGUGUGUGUGUGUAUUGAUGUCAAUACGUUCAUGGGUCUGUGUGUGUUCGUGUAUGUGUACAUCGCCGUCUAGUGUGUCCGUGUGUCGAUCGUGUGUUCGGUGUAAAUGUCCUAAAGCAGGGCAAUAAAUUCCAGGCGGCCUCAGGAAGGUCCAGCAGAGGUUGCAGAACAGGAAGGGACAACCCACCUGCCAGGAAGAGACCCUUGUGGUGUCGAAAUACGGCCGACAAAGGUGUAUGGAAUUGAAAAUUAUUGCAUCUGAAGGGCAACCUGUGCUUUCUGUCCUUGAAUUUGCACCACCGAAAGAUCGAAAGAAUUAGCAGCCCCGUACAGUAGCGACCCCUGAACAGACCCAUGGAUUGUGGUUAGAGGCAAGAGCAUAGAAACUAUUUGCCACCGUCAGCAAAUAAUAUGCAACAAUAAGGAAAAUAUAUACGAAAACAGUAGCUCGUUGAAGAUCGUCGUCUAAAUGUCGUCAAUGUAUUUGGUUCGAUUACUGUCCGAGUGAGAGAGAGACCCUUUGGUUCGAUUUGAUACGUUCGCAUUUUGGUGUGCGUGUCCCGUGUCGUGUGUUGUGUAUGUGUGUUGAGUGUAAAAAUUGGUGUCGUGCGAAAAUCGGGAACAAACGACCCUUUGCUUCCCAUGUGUGUGCUCUAAAUGUGGUUACAUUGAUUUUCCAACGUUUGAAUGUCGUACAACGUCGGUCGAUGUCGCUUAAUGAAGCUUAAACGAGAGUAAUGGCAAAGAAAACCUGAUGGGUUAAGACACCCCUUUAUUUGAGCAUCGAUUUGAACAAAACGUGUCAGUAUUAUUGUGUGAAGACAUAUCCGUGUACUUAAGUCUUGAGUUUGGAGUGAAAAAAUGUCACCCAAAAGGACAACAGUGCAAGUGUUUCGGUAUCAGUUCAGCAUGACUCUUUCCGAAAUUGGUAGAAGUAUGAAACUAUUUAUUAUGUUAGAUUGAGCGAUAAAACGGUAAAAUAAUCAUAAAUCAACAGUGAGUGCACCUGAGACCGGUGUUGAAGGAGUCAAUCCUCACAGUGAGCGAGAGUGAUUUGUGGUCUGUGGGUGGAAAAAAUUGAAAAAAAAAUCUGCAAGUGCAGAAAAUAUCAAAGGGAGCAAUAAAGGUACAAUAGAAAUGAUGCACGAUAGCGCACGGCGAGGUUUGAUAAUUGAAAUGUCAAAGUGUGACAACAUCGUUACGUGAAGUGAAAAAAGUGUUUUUUUUUAGCCAAGUGAACGAACCUGGGCCAACUAACUCGGUAAUGCAUUUCGAAGUGAAUUAUGUAAAAAGAAUGCUUCUUUAACUUGAAACCAAACACGCAAGCGGUUUGAAGAGGCAAACAAAAAACGCAUAAAACACAUACCACGCGCUAGUUCGUUCUGCACAGUUCAAACAAAUAUCACGUGCGGCUUAGUGUCACACGCGUGUCACACAACGGUCGAGCGUUGCGCGUUCAGCCCAUUCCCAAAUCCGGUGGACCCGCACCCGCAGCGGGCACCCGUUGCACGUAUGCACGUAGUGGGGCCGACAUUGGGUCGACAUAAUAACAUAAUUAUUAGCACCGAGUGGGCAAAACACAAAGGGACGGUGGAAAAAGCGACACGAGCGGGGGCCCUUUAACACAUUUUUUAACAUAAUGACAUUAUGUCCGAAGACAAUGUGAGUGGAUAAUUUAUGCGCGCGAAGCAAAUGGAUGAGCAGCGUACAUAUUAAUAACAAUAGUGAAGUAAUAUUAACGAUAAUCGUGCUACAUUACGCCCGCCCGUGGUGGUGGGUGCGUACGUGACGUGAAAUAGAAAAAAAAAACGGGAACGAAAUCCCGUUUCCAAAACAAACCGUAAUCCCUCCCGUGGGAAGAAAAACAAGGAAUGAAAAUGCGAAAUGUUUGGUGUUUGGAGUGAGUGGAACGGGAUUGGAAAAAUGUAUGAUUUAUUGACUGUUACCAGGGCGGCGGAUAAGGGCGCAUUGAGCCAGUGCGAGAAUUAAUGUCCGCCAGCUAGUGGUUAACCGGCAGCGAUUGAGUGGUCACGAAGCGCGUGACAAGCCUUUCAAAAACAAUAAGUAUAAAGGUUUAAAAAAAAGCCAAAAGAAAAGCUGCUUAAGCGCUUAUUAAAAGAGUUUAGCAUCAGUGAAGCUGCCUAAGCGCUCGUUAAGAGAAUGGUUUAGAAAAACCGAAGCGGGACACUAUAUAAACUAUAAAACAAAAUUCAACCCCGGUGAGCAUACUCACCACACAUAUCGGUUAGCUGCCCCGACAACUAACCCCAACAGCGCCCCCCGUCAACAGCGGAAAGCUGGACCACGCACCGGUUUCCAUGAUGGCCGGCUACCGGCAUCUACCACCGCAUCACCAAGCCCGGCCCGGGAUGUACCAUCCGCUGGCCGGGCACGGUAUGCUUUAUCCGCCGCAGCCGGCCCACGGUGGCCCCACCAUGAACAGCCUGCAGCAGCAGCAGCAGCAGCAGCAGCAGCAACAGCAGCAACAGCAUCAACAGCAGCAACCCGGUGCACAAAUUUCCUCACACUCCCACCAUCCCCAGCAGCAGCAGCAGCAGGGUGGCGGCUCAGCAGCUGGCCAUCAUCAACCACCGAUACCUCCACCGUUACCUCCGAUGCACACGAUGCACCCGCAGCAAUCGCAGGCGCAUCAUCCGGCCGCCGCCCAUGCACAUCCGCCCCAUCCGCACCAUAUGCUGACGCGGCACUACCUCGGCAUGCACGCGGGCCAUCCCCGGUUGCACGGGCUCAACAUGACCUCCAGUAUGCCACUGAACGCAAAUGGUGAACCGAUCAAACUUCCGGACAAUUUGGAGAGUUUACCCCGGGCAGACCAUUUCCCAACCCAGCGACACCGGUGGAAUACCAAUGAGGAAAUUGCGGCCAUCCUAAUCAGCUUCGAUAAACAUUCCGAGUGGCAGUCGAAGGAAGUUAAAACGAGACCGAAAAGCGGCUCGAUGCUGCUGUACUCGCGCAAAAAGGUGCGCUACCGGCGCGACGGCUACUGCUGGAAGAAGCGCAAGGACGGCAAAACGACGCGCGAGGACCACAUGAAGCUGAAGGUGCAGGGUACGGAGUGCAUCUACGGCUGCUACGUCCAUUCGGCCAUCCUGCCCACCUUCCAUCGGCGGUGCUACUGGUUGCUCCAAAAUCCGGACAUUGUGCUGGUGCACUAUCUGAACGUGCCGUACCCGGACGACAACAAGAUGGCCGUGAUCACGCCCAACCUCGCGCUGUGGGGCGACAAGAAGGAGUGGACCAAGGAGGAGUUGGUCAGCCAGCUGAAGCCAAUGUUUUUCCCCACAGUUUUCAGCGAGGACGAACCGGACACGGCGAACGAGAUCGAAAUCUCGACCGCCGAAACGGUGGAAGCGAUCGUGAGCCAGCUGAUGGAGAAGCAACGCAUGGCCCGCCAGACGGCGCUGGUGAAGCAGCUCGAGUGUGGCUGCCCGGACGCGAACUGUGCGGACGGGAAGUCCUGCUCGCAUCCGAUGCGGCGUAUCAGCGCGGCCAAGAGCGUCCAGGAGCUGGGCAAGCGGUCGGAUGGGCAUGCGGGCGGUGGUACGGCACCGAACGUACUGAUCGGUUCCAGGAUGUAUCCCCGAUGGUUGGAUAAUCGAAGGAUGGCGACGGGACGGGUCGAGCAGCAGCAGCAGCAGCAGCAAUCGCAAUCGCAACACCCGUCCUCGCACACCAUCCUCGACCCGAACGGGGCGCGUGCCAUCACGCCCAAGACGCUCGACACGUCGAUACACUUCCAAGUCAUUCCUACCUCGGUGCAGAAUUCAAUUAGGCCCGGCGGCAAUCAGAACGCUUCCGCCCUGGGCACGCUGAGCAUCAGCAACGGUAGCUCACAAUUAACAAGUGUCAGCGGUCACAUUACGAACGGCAUCGUCGGCUCGCAAGCCAAUCAUCUCGGUGGGCAUCGGUCGGCCAUGAUUAUCACAAGCAAUCAGCAUCAGCAGCAGCAGCAGCAGCAGCAGCAGCAGCAACAUCAUCAACAACAGCACCAACAUCACCAACAUCCCCAGCAGCAUCCCAAUGUGCAUGGGCAUCCUCACCACGGGCAUCCUCAUGCCCAACAGCAACAUACGCUUACGAUGAACGGUAACAGUAAUUCGUCCAACAGCAGUAGUAACGGCAGCAACAGCAACAACAGUACCAGUAAUAAUAACACCAACAACAACAACAACAACAACAACAACACCAGCGUAAGCACCAGUGUCGGUAGUAAUCAAUUAGCCACCCUCGGCCACUCGAGUCAAGUGACGGCGUCGAACGGCACCGACCGGCCGAACGCUACGAACGGCGUACCUGCGGCUGCUCGCGAUGCGAACAUUAAUCUUAACGGCAGCAGCGAGAAUCAUAUAUCAAUGAUCGGUUCCACCGGUCAGGGCAGCAAUCGUGCAUCGAACGGCGGUGGCGGCGGCGAUUCGAACGCGCCCAAUGCCACGCUCUCGAAUGGUGGGGGCAGCAACGGCGGGCAGGGUGGCGGCGGCGGCCAGAACCAGGGUACGACGGUUCAUCAUAAUCGAAUCUCGGUCAAUGGUAACGGUGCAACAUCGACACCGCCGCUGGUGCUUAGCUUGGGGCAGAACCUUGGAGGACCGGGCAGCUUGCUGAUACUGAACCAAGGCAACCAGCAGCAGUCGUACGUUUGUCAGCAGGCGCAGCACCAGAAAGCGAACGACGGCAAGGACCACGAUGGGUCGAUCAAGACGGAAUCGUCCGCCGGUUCGGUGGCGAAGCAGGAAAUGAUGGACGCGUCAUCUUCGCCCGUCCCUUCACUAUCGCACCAUCAGCAGCGACAGCCGUCCCAGCAGUCGAACAGCUCCCCGUCGUCGGCGACCGGCGGUAGCUCGGAUAAGCAAUCGUUCGAUAGUCUGUUUGGCUAUCAGGAUCACACACCGAUGGCCAGUCCGGUGCAAAGCAUGGAAAGUAGUAGUGGCGGCGGUGGCGGUUCCGGUGGUCCCCCAACAACGCACCACCACGACAAUCUACCGUUCUUCAACGAAACGCUCGAUUUGUCGCAGGAAGAUAUACAGAAGACGCUGAGCGCGAACAUGCCGCUCGGGGGGCAUGUCGCCGGCCACGACACAGCGCCGACCGAUGACGCCAUGAACGGGGAGAUCAAUCCGAUGGACUUUAUCGAGAACUGUGGCGAUAAUCACGGCACGGUCGAUGACGAUGUGUUUGUGAAUCUGGACGCGUUCGAUAUGCUGGUAGAGUUCCCCGAGCUGGAGCUGGAUGCGAAGAGCGAGUUCCUGCGCUCGGAUGACGGGACGGACGACACUGCCGGUGGUGCGGGCGAUCUCGCCGGUGACAGUGGCAGCGAGCUCGGCCAGUACAAGCAUCAGGUACAGAGUGUGUCGCAGCAGCAGCAGCAGCAACAGUCAUCGCAGCCGCUGCCGAACGCGUCCACCAUAACGGACUUUAGCCCGGAGUGGGCGUACCCGGAGGGUGGCAUCAAGGUGCUGGUGACCGGGCCGUGGAGUGCCAGCUCCGCCUAUACAGUAUUAUUCGACUCGUUCCCGGUGCCGACCACGCUCGUGCAGGACGGUGUGCUGCGGUGCUACUGUCCGGCGCACGAGGUCGGCAUCGUGACGCUGCAGGUCGCCUGUGAUGGUUUUGUGAUAUCCAAUGCGGUCAACUUUGAGUACAAAUCUCCGCCAAAGUUCGAGACGAAGUGCGAGGGCAACGGGAACGAUAUGCUGUACAAGUUCAAUCUGCUCAACCGGCUGGAGUCGAUCGACGAGAAGCUGCAGAUAAAGGUUGAGCCGGGCGAGCUGCCGGAGGAUACGCUCCUCUUCAAGCAGAAUAACUUUGAGGAUCGACUUGUGAACUACUGUGAAACGCUUACCGCUAAAAUGUGGCGCUCUGUAACACCUGGUCCGUUCAUCGAUAAACACCAGGGCAUGACGCUGUUACAUCUGGCGGCAGCUCUCGGAUAUGCCAAGCUGGUACGCACGAUGCUUACCUGGAAGGCCGAGAACUCCAAUGUCAUACUGGAGGCUGAAAUCGAUGCUCUCAGCCAGGACAAGGAUGGUUACACGCCGCUGACACUGGCCUGCGCCCGGGGCCACACCGAGACGGCGAUCAUACUGUACAAGUGGAACCAGAACGCGCUGAACGUGCGCAACAACGCGCAGAAGGGCCCGGUCGAGGUGGCGCGCGACUACGGCCACGGUGAGCUGGCCCGCGAGCUCGAGCGGCAGGAGAAGGAGCGGCUCAGCCAGCAGCAGCGCACACCAACCAGUGCUUCCAUUCCGACGCUUGCCUCCAUCACGUCGUCGACGACGGCUUCUUCCGGCACGCAUUCCUCCGCUUCCUCCGCUUCGCCAAACGCAUUGCCAACCAGCUGCUCGAACCACUCUUCCAGCGCCUCCUCACCGUCGGCCUCGCCGGCCCAAGCGUCCCAGGAUCUGCUCAGCAACCUGAACGAAAGCAAUAGCAGCAGUAGCAAUGGUAGCAACAGCAGCAGCAACAGUAGUACAGCUGACUGCAAAGCCCCCGAUGGCAAUAACAACCUGCAGUCGGGUGGUAUGAGCAGUGAUCUGCACUCGCUGACGAACGAUGCAUCCGGGACGAUGCACAACUUCCUGAACCUGAACCAAAUCUUCAGCUACGGCGAGGGCCUGCACGGGGCGAACAGCGAUAGCUGCAGCAACGACAACUUCGGUCUGGUGGCGGCCUUCAAUCCGUCCCUCUCGCCGACGGGUCUUUCGCCGUACAGCGAGAUGAAGGGCUCGUGCUCGUCGACCGGGUCGCAGGGCGGCGGUGGGCUACACUACGGGCUGGAGAACACCAACUCCAACCCGAUGCUCUCCAACGCACUGUCACCGAACUCGGACAGCAACCGCAGCCAUGACGGUGUGUUCUUGCGUCCCGGUGCCGUCUACUCGAGUCAAAGCCCACCGGGUGCGCGGCUCUCCAAGCGCUCGUCGAUCGACAGUGGCAUCAACAUGGACAACCGUUCGGUGGCGCUCAGCCGCACCGGGAAAGCGUUCCGCGAGGCACAGCGCACAAACCGAAUGGAUCGCAGCAUGUCGCUUCCGCUCGCAUCUGGCGGCGGUGGUGGUGGUGGACAGCCCAGUGUCAAGAAUCAACCCGGCACACCGUCCAGCACGGCCGGGGGCGAUCGUGAGACGGACAGCUUCUCGCUAUCUCUAAGCGAACGCACCACCGAGUCGCCGUCGCAGGUUUCGAGCAAUGUUUCGUUGCUGUCGCCGUUGCGCAAGAUGGACUUUGCACUGUGUGAGGUUUCGGCUACGGAAACCAGCCCGAUGUGCGAAGACGCCGACUCGUUGCAGGAGGACGACUGUCACCAUCAGCUGCCUGACAGUAUGGAUAUGGGUCCGGGGACGAGUGGGAACGGUGCCGGUGCCGUGACGAAUGCCGUAGGGGAUUCCGAUGCAAAGGUGCUUACACUUGCCGAACAGAUCAUAGCCGCAAUGCCAGAGCGUAUCAAGAACGAAUCGGAAGAAACCAUGUACCUUGGCAGUCCGCUGCCGGACUCCCUGAACGAGGAUACGGCCGGUAUGGGCAUACUGAACGACACCUUCAUGGAACCGUUGCUCGAUUCGCUCCCUUCGUCGCAGUUCGAUCAGGAGUUUAAUUUCGAGUUCAGUGAUCAUAACUACCGCUACCAUGACGUUGGUACACCCUGCUCAAGCCUCAGCCCGGCAUCGUCCGGUCCGCUACAGUCUCCUGCCAGCUAUUCGAUCCCGCAAGACCAUCCCGUCGGCUCGCCGAGUCCGCCUCCAACUACGCAGGAUUUCACCGAGUUUCUCCAAUCAUCGAACGCAACUGUACGGCCGUUUGAAGCCGAUUUCUCUAACCUAAAGCUAAAUGAUCGUGAGCAGCGUGAGCUGUACGAGGCGGCCAAAUGCAUCCAGAAGGCGUACCGAUCGUACAAGGGACGCAAGAGCCGCAUGGAGGAGCAGGACAAGGAGCGUACGGCGGCCGUCGUGAUACAGAACUACUACCGGCGGUACAAGCAGUACGCGUACUACCGGCAGAUGACGCAGGCCGCCCUCGUCAUCCAGAACGGCUACCGGUCGUACUGUGAGAACAAGCGGUUCAAAAAGUCGCAAACCGCCCAGCAGCAGCAGCAGCCGGUGACGAGCAGCGAGGAGGACAAGGCGUCCGCCCAGUGUCUCGAGACGUACUACCAGAACUUCCGCAACGAGCAGAAGCAGCAACAAUCGCCUCAGCAGCAACAGCAGAACAAUCAGCCAGGUGGUUCCGGCUCGAAGGAACCGAGUCCGUCGGGUCCCCUGAAACGAACUUAUUCGCAACGAACACAAAAUCAGGCCGCUAGGAAGAUACAGCAGUUUAUGAGACAAUCGAAAAACAAUACUUGGGAUGAGCAAAUGACUAACUUGGCUACAGAGAGAACGAGCCGAAAAAGAGAGGCUGGUCCACCUACGCAGGGUGGAGUACCUCCAAAGCUUGCAGUGUCACGAACAGCCCGAGGCUCCACCACCUACCAGCGCUCCAAGGUGAACUGAAACAGGACGCGAGCGCACGGAUGGCGCUACCCACACGGAACACUGUUCACGCUCGCCCGAAUGCAGCCAGUUUGAUGGAAACUCAUCGAAGCUAGGCGUAGGCGUGUAAGAAAGGAAAAUUGUUGUCGAAUUUAUUGCGUUACUUUUUACAACGAUUUGUUUUGUCAGGACACUUGUUCACGUUUUUUUUAAAUUAUUUAAUCGAUUUUGGGUUCUCACACACACAGAUACACACACCCGUUGACGUUGACGCAUGUAGUGAGUGUUAAUUUGUUUCUGUUGUUUUGUUACUUGUAGUAAGUUAAGCAAAGUUACGUUUUAAAAAAUUAAAAAAGGCAAAACCGUCCCAACGUUGCGUUAUGUUGCGUUACCAUUGUUUCAAGUGGCGUUACCCGGUGUGGUUGAAAUGUUUCACAGCAAGCGCUGUGCGGUGCGGUGAAAUGUUUCUGAAACCGAUAAGCUAGAUGUCGCUAGUAUUGUGUUGAGAGAUUUCGGUGGGGAAUCUUUUGAACGAGCAACUCGUUUAGAAUAACAAUGAGGCGGCAGCAGCAUUGUGAAAAAAGAAAAAAAAUGCAACUAAAGCGUGUUGAUGAUGGGAGACGUUUAAUCUGAUACCUGAACUUUUAGUAGAAAAUCUAGUCUAAAUAACGUUCUCGCACACCACCUGGUGCUGGUGGUUGGGAAAACAACACACACACACACAUUGAGAGAGAAAUGGGGACAGAAAGUAGAACAAAAAGCAAAACAAAACACUGAGAAAAAUGUGAUUUAAGCUCUUUUUUAAAACACGUGUAAAAUGUUCGCCUAUCUCGCGAGCGACUGUUAUUAGAAUCAGCCGAGACAGUGUUUGCCAUAGUACAGCUGUACAGCCAGAGAUAGACUUAUUUUCCCGUGAUAGGAAUGCGAUGCGGUUGGGAGAGAGAGACGAGUUAGACGGAGAAGUUUAGAAAUGUUUGAACCCGACACUGAACGGUACGAAAUAGUGCUAGAAAUAAUUAUUUAUAGCAAAAAAAAAAAACACUAGUGACUGGCCAUCCUCUCGGUCGAAUACGGUAAUGUAGGCAGUGGUAAGGUACUGUAAAUAGGAAAGGAGAGAAGCGUAGUUUGCAAAGCAAAACCGAGUGAUUAGGUUUGCGCGUUUGACCAGUUGGGCGUAAUUGUACAGCAGAUUGUAGAGCAGUUGUUACUGGUUCAUUGUUUUAUUUAACUGAUGAAAAUCAACUUUUUUACACUACUAGAGCAAAGCGUAGCGGUUGUUGAGGCGUAGAACAAACAGAAACUGAAUCAACAUCUAUUUAUUAUAUCUUUCGAGAUCGAGAAACCUAAACUUACACGCUAUAGAAAGGAGCGAAUAAGCUGCUAAACUAGGGUCUAAGCUAGCUCUUUUCUCUUUCUAAGGCAAAAAAAAAAACGGACGAGUAGACGAGUAACCUGACGGGCUGAUGUAUAUAGCGAAAUAGUUGGAGCUGGGGUUGUAGAGCGUCAAGCAGUGAUUUUCUAUUUGAUUGUUAACUUUUGUUAAAUUGAUCUAGAUGCUAGAAACUGGUAACUAUCGAAACAAACACACGGCACACGAAAAGCACGUACAGGCAAACGGUGUGCUAGUGCAACGCACCUAGUUUGUGUGCAUUUGUGUGUGUGUGUGUGUGACAUGUGUACGUGUGUUUAUGUAAAGAUAUUGCUGAUAAUUACACACUCUUUAGCGAACAGAAGAGAAAGACAAGGAUGAUAAAAAACAGCAAACACAAGCAAACGAAAGCGAUCGAAGCUACCUAAUGUAGACAUUAUAUACAUUAAAGUGACAUAUACAUAUAUAGAUAUAUAUACAAGCUAACUAUUUAUCUCUUUUUUACAACGUUUCGAAGCGACAAAAGUGUGUAAAGGAAAACCAAAACAAAAGCAAACUGACAUACGCCAUUCAAAAACGUCUGUUUCAAACGCGAUCUAGUGAGUAAAUUUCAUCCCUCGCCUUUCCCCCAUUUGCCGAUCGUAGUUAAGCCGAAAGCUAAAGGACGUGCAGUAAAAGCAACAACAACGGAAGAGGGGAAGGGAGGAAGGGUAGUUUUUCGAUGUUUAGUUCAGUCUCUCCAGGGUGACACUGUGUGCGUCCAUCUUAUGACUUUCGAAAAGGAGUAAUGAAAUUUCAAAAAUCUAUCUACAAGCAAACUGUCAGUACGACUGGGUCAAACGAGGUCGCGGUUGAAUCAAAUCAAAGCAACAACAAAAACAACAAACCUCCAUAACUGAUAAGGAUGAACGAGCCGUUUUGCAGGCAGCGGAUGAAAAAGCGAAACGAAAGCGAAAUAAACUGCAAUCAAUCUGCACGAGCAAAGAACGAGGUGCUGUAAGGAGGAGUUUAGAUAAAUAGGACAAAAAGGAGGAAAGAGAAGAAGAAGAAGAAGAAUAAGAAGAAGAAGAAUAAGAAGAGGAAGAAUAAGACAGGAAGCGGAGAUUAGAAGGAAAUGAAAAGCAAACAAGCAACAAAGCAAAAUCAUGUGACAAAACGAAAAAAGAAGAACUUUUGAACUUAAAAACAAUUUACACUCUCUCAGCUACUUGCCAUUUUGCACUAUUCGACUUUCCAAAUCACGAAUCCACACACUUACACAUACAAGCGGAUCGUUAACUAACUUUAAUGAUUAUAUAUAUACAUACAAACAAUAACAUAAUAAUGCUUAGCGAAUAAGAAAAAUGAAAUGAAGGAUAAAAUAGAGAAAAGGAAAGAAAAUAAUGUUGAUUGAAGCACAUUCGUACACGAUUGUAGAAAACAAAAGAUGGGAAAACUAUAUAUUUGACAGAGAGAAGCGAUUAUAGCUAUAUAUAUAUAUACAUACAUACAUGCAAACAUACAAUUCAUGCAUAUACAUACAUACCUACAAUACAUACGUGCAUACUACUACCUACUUACCUUACAGUUUAAGCGCGAUGUUCAAGCGACAAAGUUAAAGAAAAGUUCCAGUUACUGAAACAAAAACAAAACAAAACAAAAAAAAACACCCUUUUUCUCCACCUGCAACAAACAAGAAAAAAAAACGACAACAUAAAAGCGAUAAAACACACAACACUAGAAAAAUUGAUAGAUGACAAAUGAUAGGUAACGGUUUAAGCAUUCUUUACAUUCUUCUUGCGAUAGGAAGUAGAAUAGGAAUAACAAAAACAAAAAAAAACGGUUCGAAAAAAGGGAAAAAGAAAAACCAAAAAUGAAAAACCAAAAAAAGCACAUAAAAACAGGAAACAGACAAACUGCGUACUUAAACCUACUAACCAAAACAUCAAAUCUUCAAAGCAUUGCAUCAUUUAACGCAAAUUAAGAGAAGGAAGCAAAACAUAUGUGAGAAGAAAAGAAGAAAACAACACAAAUAGGAUAGCGCUAGUAUAAGGUUACAUUUAAAUAAAAACAAAAACGAGCAAGAAGUUAGCAACAGAAGAGCCAACCAACACAAUUGGAGGGGAAUUGAGCAAAAGCAAAAGCAGUUUGUCGGGCAAAAGCUCCAUUUCGAGCUUUUGCAAACGACAGGCGCAAUCUUGUGGAACUAUUUUGUUGAGUGUUUUAUGAAGUUAAUACCAACAGCAGCACAAAGGAAGAAACAAACGGAAUGCUAACACAGAAAAAAAAGGUAUAAAAUCUCUUUCUAACGUUGUAACGAUUGAAGAAUGAAAUGUAACGCGUUUUUAUUACACCGUGCGGUUGCACUCCCGUUUGCUCGUUGACUUAUUGUCCUUUCGCUUCCACGAAACACGAACAGUAUUGCAGCUUUGUGAGCAGUGAAUGACACGGUUACUUCAUCAGCAAUAACUAUCGUACGGUGCACAGCUUUAAAAAAAAAAAAGAACUGGGAUCGAACGAUCCACGAUCCUUUCGAUCCACACUCUUGUUCUGCUUGUGAAGCGUUUGCUCUUGAAUUUUUGGGUAGUUUUUCGCAAAUUAAGAAUGCAGCAGCAAUCUCGUUCGCAAAACCUCUACUCUUGAAAGCAAUAAUAACUCCUUGUUUGAACAAAAUAAUAAUAAUAAUAAUAAACAAUAAACCCAAAACUAAUUCAAUCGAUCAAAUCGAUUGCCCUCCCAGACCUGUACCGCUCUGUUUUUGCACACUCCCCGCACGGCAAAGCACCUGUCAGAAACUUUGAGAAAGAAGGCUUCCGGCCACGAGUGGUCACAAAAGCGCAGCAGUAGCAGCAGCCCGCGUGCCAAUCGGCUACUAAAAUCAUAUCAAAGCUCUGUUGGGGGGAGGAUUGUGGUGCCGAUUGGAGCAAAAGUUACGCAUCAGUUCCUUCUUUAACGAAAAACGAAAAUCACGCCCCCGGCACGUGUGAGCUCAUUUUCACGGCAGUUUUGUGUGUGGUCUUUACACGAAAAGAAAUGGUUCAAAGUCAACUCGCAAGGCUCGUGGGCUGUGAGAAAACAGCAGCAUUCCUAAUUGGGGAAGCACAAACGCGCGCCAGCGACUCCAACGAUGAUGCAAGGAAGCGGUGAUGCGUGACAGAUGAGGCUAGCCUGGUGCAUAAUUUUUGCCCUCCCCCUGUCACUGUCAGUUAAGGCUAGGUCGGAGCAUAUUUCUGAUAGGUUUUGGCCCGACUUGAGAUUACAUCGUGGCACUGUAAUAGGCAAAAAAAACCUCCCAGGAGAUAAGCGACGUUUGAUUGAUCGUUUUUGGCUGCCAUUGGGUGCAAUAUGAGCCCCAAUUACAGCCUUGCUGACCUCCUUCGCUCUUUAUUUCAUGUUCAUUUUCACUAAGCAGCACGCUAGUAGCUUUGAUUUCGUAGAAAAGUAUGGAAAGAGUAUCAUAUCAGGGAAAAUGGCAAAUGUUGUUGAGGUUAAAGCCAUGUAUAAAACAAGUAAGCGAAAACAAACAAAUAACACAUU